AUUGCCACCGAUGGCUGAUCAAGACGCAAAACAGAAUAAGCCACUUUUACCAGGCCAACCAUCAAAAGGAGAAAAUACACUCCGACCAGUUGGCCGCUUUGGUAAUAUAAAUCUUGACGAUGAGCUAGACGAAGCGAAGGCAGGAGAGUCAUUAUCAUCGAUCCAUUAUACUAACGAAAAUGAGAACAAUACUGAAGGUAUGAUAAGGCGCCUAAUGGAGAAAAAGAAGCAGGACGAGGGGAACCUGGAUCUGGGGCUUGAUCGAUAUGAGCCGCUUUGGGAGGCUAUAUCCCUUGAAGAUUGGAAAGAAGUUAAAAAGCAACUGGAUAGCAACCCGCUUGCUCUUACAUCUCCAAUAACAGCGCUUUACGAGACGGUUUUGCACAUUUUGGUGAAUUCGAAGGAAGCCCUUUGGCUUGUUGAGGAAAUCAUAGACCAAAUUGACUCGGAUUCGCUUGGAAAAACUGACCAUCAACAUGACACACCUCUAAGCAUCGCGGCCUAUGUGGGGAACGCUGAAGCUGCGAUGAUGAUGGCACGCAAGAGCCCAGAAUUGCUGACAAAGAUUAACCACAGUAAUGAUUCUCCGUUUCACGCUGCCGCCAGGUUCGGGCACGAGGAAACUUUUAGCCGUCUUUUAACAGUAGCUCAAACAACUCAAAUGGAUGAUCAGAGCUUCUUUUCCGGAGAUAAUGGUGCUACGAUGGUUCAAUAUCUCAUAUCUUCUAAUCUCUAUGGUUUAGCCCUUGAUCUGCUAAAGCGCUAUCCAAAAUUAGGUCGUGAAAAUCUCAGGCAAAGGAGAAGAAUUCUGAAAGAAUUGGCUAAAAAGCCUCUCGGAUUUGAAAGUGGAUGUAAGUUUGGAUUUUGGGAACGCUUGAUCUAUAAAGGCAUUUCGGUGACAAAGGAAGUUACUGUUCCUUCCAUUCAGGCCGAAAAUGAUGAUUGCUUGCAAAUUAAUAUUGUUGAUAGAGAUAAUAAAGUGAAUCCUACCAACAGUGAUGGGGAGCCUAAGAUGAGCUCAAUAGAUUUCUUCGCAUAUUGUAGACAACAAGCCUAUUCCAUAAUGGGUUUAAUGUUUCCAAGCGUCAAACGCAUUUAUCGAACUAAGUUGAUGAAUGAGCAAGCUCGUCAACUCGUCAAAUCAAUGUGCGCCGGAGUCGUCUGGACUUUCCCCGAAGCCUCAUAUACAUUAAAAUUGCCAGUUUUAAAAGCUGCAAGUUUGGGGAUUCAAGAGAUUGUUCAAGAGAUUUUAAAAGUAUACAAAGCUUCAACAAUGUUCUAUGAUGAUAACAACUAUAAUAUCUUUCAGCUUGCAGUUUUACAUCGCCGAGAGAAGGUUUUCAAUUUGGUCUACAAAAUGGGUCUAUCUCAAAAAUGGGUAGCCAGUUAUCCAUGCAAGGACAAUGAAAACAUACUGCAUUUGGCUGGGAGGUGUGCAUCUUCAAGGCAUAUUAACGGUGCAGCUGUGCAAAUGCAGUGGGAGAUGCAAUGGUUCACGGCAGUGGAAAAAUUUGUCCAUCCAUUACUGCUGGAAGAACGAAACACUGAGAAGAAAACUCCAAGAGAAGUGUUUGAUGAUGAACAUAAGAACUUGGUGAAGGAGGGGGAGAAAUGGAUGAGAGACACUGCUACAUCAUGUAUGGUUGUGGAUGCACUAAUCAUUGCUAUGGUGUUUGCAGCAAUAAUCGCUGUGCCAGGAAACAAUGAGAAAGGAAUACCAAACUUUAGGCAUGAAACACUUUUCGAAGUGUUUGUCAUAGCAGAUGCAGCUGCACUUUUUUCUUCUUCUGCUUCAUUGUUGUUAUUCGUGCGAAUCUUGACUUCCCGCUACGCAGAGGAAGAUUUUAUUAAGGCCUUGCCGAAGAGUUUACUUUUGGGUCUUAUCACCUUAAUUUUUUCCAUAGCAACCAUGCUGGUAGCCUCUAGCUCAGCCUUGAUUAUGCUCAUAGAUGCAGUCCCUGGUCCAAAGGUGAUGCCUAGGAAGUCGACCGUCAUUCCGGUGGCCAUAUUGGUUGCUUUUCCAAUUAUCUUCUUUAUAUGGUCACAGUCUCAUCUCCUCAUUGACGUGCUUCUAUCCACUUAUUGCCCCACUAUUCUUUGCUACUAAGUGACAAGUAUUCUCUUUCUGUUUUACUUCUUGUGCACUCGAAUGUUGAACCUCAAUAAAAGCAUAGAUUGCCUUAUUUUGAAAUCCAAAAUA